AUGGACUUAUUGCCGGUGAACUUCUUUAUUUUUCGUUUCUGUGGUGUAUGGGAAGAACAUGGUAAUAGCCAAGGUAAUAACUUGAUAAUACGUUUUGUCAACUUCUGCUAUAGGUAUUCUAUUGCUAUUUUAAUAUAUUAUUUCACGAUAUUCGAAAUAAUUGAGCUCGUACGUAUAAGAAAUGAUAUGGAAGCUGUAACGGAAGGCUUAUUUCUUGUUUUAACCUUCGCGACAUUAUGCUUAAAAUAUUUAAACUUUUUGAUGCGACAAUGCGAAUUGCGGGCCUUGCUAGAUUGCUUUCGCGCCAAGAUCUGUCAGCCAAGAGAUUCUGCUGAGAAAUCAAUAUUAAAGCAAUACGACCGCAAAGCUAAGGGAACCGCCUGUUUCUUCAUGUUCAUCUGUCAAACAACGGGUUUAAUGCUUCUUAUAAUACCUCUAUUGGCUCAGGACGAAAGAUCUUUACCGUUUAAGAUGUACGUACCGUACUCCAUCACAACGUUACUUCCUUACGCAUUAACUUAUCUUCAGCAAAUCAUAACUUUAUUUUAUGGAAUAUUACUGAACGUCUCUUUCGACUCCCUCGUGUAUGGUCUUAUUAUUCAUACCUGCGGACAAAUUGAGCUGCUGUGCUAUCGAUUGACAGAAAUACUUCGAUUUCUUCAAGAAAAUAAAGAAAAAAAUGCAAAUACCACCAUUGAAAGUUUUGCUAUCGCAGGAUGCGUGAGACAUCAUAUUUUAGUCUAUAACAUCAUAUACAGGAUACAAACGUUAUUUGUGUGGACUGUCGCCACUUUAUUCUUCUUCAGCCUCGUCACUCUUUGUACUAGCAUCUAUCAGAUGUCAAAAAAAGAGCUCUUUAGUCCGGAAUUUUUCGCUUUUAUCAUGUACUUGGGAUCAAUGAUGUUUCAAGUAUUCACAUACUGCUGGUAUGGCAAUGAACUUGACUUGAAGAAUAAAAAUAUUGCGUAUGCUAUUUAUACAAGCAGCUGGACGACAAUAUCAACAAAGCAACGUAAAAGUUUAUUGCUCGUAAUGAUGAUGAGCCAGAAAGGAAGAAUACUUUCUUGUUACGGAAUUUGCGCGCUAAUCCUUGGCAGUUUUACGUGGAUUGUAAAAACGUCCUACUCUGCUUUCAACUUGUUGCAGCAAACUUCGAAUUAGUAUUUAAUUGAUGUGAAAUAUUACCUACCAAAAUGAGCAUGUCUCAUCUGUUCGUUAGUAUAAAGUAAAAUAAAAUUUUAUUGUUAAAUAUUUU